CUUCUGAAACUUCUAGGGAGAGAUAAGGCUGGGCAAAUCUCCCACUUGGGCUUCGGUUUGAAAACAAAGGGGAGAUUUUAGGCAGUCUCUGGAUAAUUAUGAGGUUUGGCUCUGAUCUUUUGGCUACUGAAAAAACAGGAAAUGAGGAUUCACAGAUGGAGUCAGCGGAAAAGACAACGAACAGAAGUGAACAAAAAUCCAGAAAGUUUUUAAAGAGCCUCAUUAGGAAGCAACCGCAGGACCUGCUCCUGGUCAUUGGGACUGGCGUGAGCGCAGCAGUGGCCCCCGGAAUCCGCGCGCUCUGCUCUUGGAGGAGCUGCAUUGAGGCAGUCAUUGAGGCCGCAGAGCAGCUGGAGGUCCUGCACCCUGGGGACGUGGCCGAGUUCCGGAGGAAGGUGACGAAGGACCGGGACCUGCUGGUUGUGGCCCAUGACCUGAUCCGGAAGAUGUCACCUCGUACAGGCGACACCAAGCCCAACUUCUUCCAGGACUGCCUGAUGGAGGUUUUUGACAGCCUAGAGCAGCACAUCCAGAACCCUGUGGUCCUGCAGUCCAUCCUCAGCCUGAUGGACAGAGGCACCAUGGUACUGACUACCAACUAUGACAACCUGCUGGAGAUCUUUGGGCAGCAGCAGAGCAAACCCAUGGAGUCUCUGGACUUGAAGGACAAGAAGAAGGUCCUUCAGUGGGCCAGAGGUCACAUCAAGUAUGGAGUUCUUCAUAUUCAUGGCUUGUACACAGACCCCUGUGGGAUGGUACUAGAUCCAUCGGGCUAUAAAGAUGUCACUCAAGAUCCAGAAGUCAUGGAAGUCCUGCAGAACCUGUACCGAACCAAGUCAUUCCUGUUCGUGGGCUGUGGAGAGACCCUGCGUGACCAGAUAUUCCAAGCUCUCUUUCUGUACUCAGUGCCAAAUAAGGUGGACUUAGAGCACUACAUGUUAGUGCUCAAGGAGAACGAAGACCAUUUCUUUAAGCAUCAAGCAGAUAUGCUUUUGCAUGGAAUUAAAGUGGUGUCCUAUGGGGACUGUUUUGACCUUUUCCCCGGAUAUGUGCAAGACCUUGCCACUCAGAUCUGCAAACAGCAAAGUCCAGAUGCUGAGCGAGUGGACAGCACCACCUUACUGGGUAACGCAUGUCAGGAUUGUGCGAAGAGGAAGUUGGAAGAGAAUGGAAUUGAAGUUACAAAAAAAGUCAGACAGUCAGACAGCGAUGAUGCUGGAGGGUCUUGAAAUUUUUCGAACUUGAAACUUGAAAACCAGCCUUCUGUAACCACAGUGCCAUGCCCAAGCGAUGAGGAAUGUACAGAGGACUCCAUAUGGAUCUCUUAAUAGUGAACUGUCGCAUACCCCCAAAACAGCCGUGUGGGUGUGUGACCUUUGUGAAUGACAGCUCCACUAUGUGCUUAGCUGCUCAGGUGGUGACAUGGACACACUUCAGGUAUAAUCUGUAAGGAUUAAUGGACAGCUACCUCAGGGACCAAAUUGGGGGGUGGGAGGUGGGAUAUACCUGGCAUUGUUCCCUUCUCCCUUUUGACAUGUUUUAAGUCAGGGUGUUAUUUUUCCUAAUACAUGGAGGAGAAUGAAGACUGUCCAAGCAACAGUAGUUGCCAAAGAGAAAAUAAGACAUAAACAUUUAUAUUUCUAUCUUUAUGUGGAAACAUCUUUUACUGUAGAAAGUUUUUUAAAGAAGUGUUGGUUAAAUUGUUAAGUAGUAAAUAAGUGGAUAGUAGAGGCACUGAACCCACUAGUGGAAAUGGUUGUUUUUAAAGGGAUGAUUAGAUUGAUUGGGUUUCUUUGGAAUUGUGACAUUUCAGUAAUUUCUGUUCCAAAGAAAUGUCAGACUGUCUGUUAGGGAGUGUUAGGUCCAGAGAGACUGAAGACCUUUUUCAAAGUCUUUAGUGCUGUCUAGGUCUACCAUGUGACUUACAAGUUAAAUGUGAAGCACAAGAGCAAGCUGUAAACUUUCAGAAGUUCUAAGCUUUCCUAGUCUUAUUUCUCCAGGAUAAGGCCCAUCCUUUCUGUUCUCCUCUCUUUCCAUGGUUCAUAUUAAGACUUAAACAGAGUGGGGUAGGCAGUACUUUGAAAGGGCUUACCACAUUUUAACUACUUUCAAGGUUUACUUCUGGGGAUUGCACAUGCCCAGAGCUCCUCUGAUAGUGCCUGUGGCAAAGGCUCACGUGUUACACAGAGUGGUCCUGAAAGGAAGACUUCUUGGAAACAGGCCUUGCAUGGCUCAUUUGGGGCUACCCAUCUUUGAUAUGAUGCCAAGCUCUUUGCUACCUAGCCAAGCCCUGCCUGUGACAUUGCAUGGAUGGCACUGUUGCUCCCAGGGGGACAGGGAUAAUUAAGAACAAGGAACAUAGGUUGAGACAGAGAAGCCAGAGACAAGCUAAAGAACCUCCCCAACCCCUUUUUAAGUGUGGAAAAUAAAUCUUUUAUGUCACUGGUUAUAAAUAAAAUUUUAAAGUCAA